AUGCGGGGCUUAAUUCUUCUAUUCAUACUGUUGAGCCUUCACCGGGAAGUGGCCUCGUCGUCGAUGGACGGUGGCCACUUCGCCUACCAAGGCUUCGCCGGCGCUAACCUUACGCUGGACGGCCUCGCCGCCGUCACGCCCAACGGCCUCCUCGCGCUCACCAACUUCACGUACCAGACAAAAGCCCACGCCUUCCACCCAACCCCAAUCCGAUUCCUCAACGAGUCGAGAUCGACGACGAACGCCGCCGCCGCCACCGCUGCGGCGCGCUCCUUCUCCACGUCCUUCGUGUUCGCCAUCGUGUCGGGAUACGACGGCCUCAGCGACCAUGGGCUCGCCUUCGUCGUCGCCCCGACCACGAACUUCACCGCAGCAAACGCCGGGCAGUACCUGGGCCUUCUCAACGCGGCGAACGGCACGGCGAGCGACCGCAUCUUGGCGGUCGAGCUGGACACCAUCCUGACCCCCGAGUUCCGCGACAUCGACAGCAACCAUGUGGGCAUCGAUGUCAACAGCCUCGUGUCGCAGCGGAGCCAGCCGGCCGGAUACUACGACGAAGAUGAUGGCGGCGGCGCCUUCCGAGACCUGAGGCUAAACAGCCGAGAGCCCAUGCAGGUGUGGGUGGACUACGACGGCCAGUCCAAGCAGCUCAACGUCACAUUAGCUCCCGCGCGAGUGCGCAAGCCCAGGAACCCUCUGCUCUCCGAAGCCAUCGACCUCUCCACGCUCAUGGCGGACGCGAUGUACGUCGGCUUCUCGGCGUCGUCGGGCGUCGUGUUCACGCACCACUACGUGCUCGGAUGGAGCUUCGGCUUGGACGGGGCGCCUGCCCCGCCGCUUGACUUCUCGAAGCUUCCCGCGCUGCCACGCGUGGGACCGAAGGCUCGGUCCAAGGCCUUGGAUGUCGCGCUGCCGCUAGCCACCGCGUUGCUCGCCACCGCUGCGCUCGCUGCGGUCUUCGUCUUCGUGUGGCAUCGCCGCCGGUUUGCCGAAGUGCGCGAAGACUGGGAAGAAGAGUUCGGCCCCGAUCGUUUCGCGUACAAAGAUCUGCAUCGCGCCACGGAUGGGUUCAAGGAGCGGAAUUUGCUGGGUGUCGGAGGGUUCGGGAGAGUAUACAAAGGGGUGCUUCGUGCAUCCGGUUUGGAGAUAGCCGUGAAGAGGGUGUCGCAUGAUUCAAGACAAGGAGUACGGGAGUUCAUCGCAGAGGUGGUGAGCAUUGGCCGUCUUCGGCACAGAAAUAUUGUGCAGCUACUGGGAUACUGCCGGCGCGAGCACGAGCUUCUGUUGGUUUACGACUAUAUGCCAAAUGGUAGCCUUGACAAGUACUUGCACGAUCCACAUAUGCCAACCAUAUUUUGGCCUGAAAGAUACCGGAUCAUCCGAGGUGUCACAUCAGGUCUUUUGUACCUCCAUGAGGAUUGGGAACAGGUUGUUGUCCAUCGAGAUAUAAAGCCAAGCAACGUGCUCUUGGACGAGCACAUGAAUGGGUGUCUAGGUGAUUUUGGGCUAGCAAGGUUAUAUGACCAUGGGACGGAUGCUCAAACAACUCAUGUUGUUGGCACCAUGGGAUACCUCGCGCCAGAGCUUGUGAGCACGGGGAAGGCAACGCCCUUAACCGAUGUGUUCGCAUUUGGUGUGUUUCUCCUGGAGGUCGCCUGUGGACGAAGGCCGAUCGAGCGUGGCGAGCACGGCAGCCGUCUGGUGCUGGUUGACUGGGUGCUUGAGCACCACCGCAGUGGAUCCAUCCUCGAGGCGGCAGAUCCACGGCUAGCGGGACGCUUUGACAUAGAGGAGAUUACCCUCGUGUUGAAGCUAGGUUUGUUGUGCUCGCACCCUUUGCCUAACGCAAGGCCCAUCAUGCGAAAGGUCAUGCAGUACCUGGACGGUGGUCAACCCGUUCCUGACUUGUCGCCGACUUACGUGAGCUACGUCAUGAUGGCACUAAUGCAGAACGAAGGCUUCGAUUCGUACGUUAGGUCAACGCCAUGCUCUACGUUGGCGAUUAGCGAUGGUGCACUGACUUAUGGGUCUUCAGUGACAGUUCUAACCGAGGGUAGAUGAGCUGUGUCGAUGUGUUAUGGUAUUUAACUUCUUUAUAAGGUUUCAUUCAGAAAAAAGGCUUAUUGUCUUUAUUGUGUGGGCUCCGGCCUCCGUCCUUGUAAUAAAUUCAUAAAUCCUAGCUCGGGUGAUUCUCUAUUCUUUUUUUC